ACAGUCCUUUCAAAUAGCUCUCCAAAGAAUAUUACAUAGGGUUUAAAGCACAGAUCAUCCUGCCUCCAUGGAAGAAGUUUCGUAACAUAAAUUCUUUCAUGGGAUAUGGGCUUCACUGACAAGGCUGACCUUUGUUGCCCAUCGCUAAUUGUCCUCGAUCUGUAUGUCACCAUAUGGUCAUUUCGGAGAACAGUCAAUAGUCAACCACAUUACUGUGGGUCUGGAGUCUCAGACCAGGUAUAUUGGGCAUUGCUGGCAAGGCCAUCCUUUGUUGCUCACCUCCAACUGCUGGGAAAAGAUGGCGGUGCUUUGUCUUCAGUCAGUGCAGUCCAUGUGGUUAUCAACAGGUCCAUUAGAAAGGGAGUUCCAGGAUUUUGACCCAGCUGCAGCGAAGAAACAGCAAUAUAGAUCCAACUCCAAUGUAGUGUGACUUGCAGGUGGCCUUGUCCUACUGAGUAGCAGACACCAUAAGUUUGGAAGGUGCUGUUGAAGGAGCCUGGGGACCAAUAUGCCAAAAUCAUGGAUGGGUUGUACCUUCACCAUGCUUAUGGCAAGUGUCGCCUUUGCCUCUUCCCAUGCAACUGCACGAACAGACUACCUGCAUCUUGACUACUGUGUAAUUGGUGCAGGUCCAGGUGGCCUGCAGAUGGCGUACUUUCUACAGCAGUCCCAAAGACACUACCUGGUCUUUGAGCGCAGCAACCUCUCUGGGAGCUUCUUUGUACGUUAUCCCCGCCACCGGAAGCUCAUCAGUAUUAACAAGCAAUACACCGGGAAACAAAACAAAGAGUUUAACCUCCGGCAUGACUGGAACUCGCUGCUAAGCCAUGAUGACAAUCUACUCUACAAACACUACACCAAAGAUUUCUUUCCUCAUGCUGACACCAUGGUGCACUACUUGAACAACUUUACAAACAGGUUUGACCUGAAGAUUCGGUACAACACUGAGAUAACAUGGAUUGAGGCUGAGAAGCACCCCAAGGCUUGGAGUGGACACUACUUUUAUCUGACGGAUCAGAAUGACUACCAUUACAGAUGCAGUGUCCUGUUAGUUGCAACUGGAAUGUGGGUGCCCAACACGCCUGAUUUUCCAGGUUCUGAACAUGUCGAGGGCUAUGAGAGUGUCUCUGUGGAUCCUGCUCACUUUGUUGGGCAGACAGUCCUCAUUUUGGGCCGGGGCAAUGCGGCGUUCGAGACGGCGGACAACAUUGUUGGAGUGACUAACUUUAUCCACAUGCUGAGCCGGUCCCGGCUACGGCUUGCCUGGGCCACUCACUAUGUUGGAGACGUCCGGGCUGUGAAUAAUGCCAUGCUGGACACAUAUCAGCUGAAGUCUCUGGAUGGUCUGCUAGAAGGAGACCUGGCCAACAUUGCCAUUGUACAAGACAGAAAGGGAAAGCUGCGUCUAAGACUGCGAUUUCACUUCGAUAGGAGCAAUGCCUCCCAGGAUGUGCUCCACAGCAAUGACCAGCGUCUCCUGUCAGUUGAAGAGGCUGAUAACUUUUCAGUGCGUCAGUCUUAUGACCGUGUCGUCCGCUGCUUGGGGUGGAAUUUUGACUUUUCUAUUUUUAACAAUCUUACAAAGCCUAAGAGGGGUCGAGGCCGCACAAACAAAUACCCACUGAUCAAGGCCACAUAUGAAUCAGAAAGCAUGCCUGGAAUGUUUAUUAUUGGGACAGCCGGUCAUUCCGUCGAUUUCAGGAAGUCAGCUGGUGGGUUCAUCCAUGGAUUCCGCUAUACAGCCCGUGCUGUUCAUCACCUCCUGGAGCAUCGAUACCAUGGUACUACCUGGCCGGCCACCACACUGCCCAUCAUCCAUUUGACCAAUGCCAUAAUCAAGCGCAUCAACGAGGCCUCUGGUCUUUAUCAGAUGUUCAGUGUCCUGGCUGACAUUGUGCUGCUACGGAAAAAUGCCACAGAGUUUGAAUACCUGGAAGAGUAUCCAAUUGGAGCACUUCCACAUCUUCAGGAAAACACCGGGAGAAAUGCAGCAAAUGGGCUAUUUGUUAUUAACCUGGAAUAUGGGAGCAACUUUUCCAGACCAGAGGCUGAUGUUUUCCAUCCGAGCCGUUCAGUGGGAGAGCCCAGGCAUGCGUGGCUGUCAAACUUCCUCCACCCUGUCAUCUACUUCUACAAACGUCUCCCAACAGAGACCGAGAUGAUGCAGAGACCAAAAUUGUGGCCCCUCCCCCGUCCACAUUACAUCCAUCAUGUUGUGGAAGAUUUCCUGACUGACUGGACGGCUGCCAAAGCUCACAUCCUGCCCCUGCGCCGCUUCUUGGAGAACUGUCUGGACACUGACCUCAGGAGCUUCUUUGCAGAAUCCUGCUUCAAGUUUGCUUUGACCAAUCCACAUGUGCCGCCAUUCUGCCACCACGGUUACUUAAACAUGCAGGGCUUGCUGGAUGUUGAGAUCUUCUGACAAGGUUCUGCAGCGGUGGGCCAGCAUUCCAGCGACAGCGUCCACAGCCAGCAAGUGCCUGAGCAACAAGGGAGUUUGAAGUGAAACUGUUCAGUGACUGAAUGUGUGGCCAGACAGACUGUGCCCUUUAUCCAAGUGAGGACUCAGUGCACACAGAGUUACUGGACUGAAUGAUUCCAGGACACACUUAGUCCUGCUGCCAAGUACAGAGGUUUCAAAUAAUAACUCCUGCAUGAUGUAUAUUCAUAUGAAAACACAGCCAGACAUGUCUGUCAAUAUCUGGAGGGUGGAUUUGUGUUAAUAGGUUUGACACUUGUUGGGAUUACGGAGGCUACAAUUUUAAAUGUGUUCCAUCACAUGUUCGAAUGAUUAAUCUAGUCUUUGAAAAGUCCAAAGCCAUGCUUAAAGCUUCACCAGUGCUGAUAUCAGCACUUUCUGCAAACUUGCCCCUCCUGCACCUUCACAAAGUGGCCCACUAAAUCUUUGAAAAUCAUGGUCAAAACUCACACUGAUGUGGAAGCAUUCCUCUGGUCGGGAGGCCAGGCUCCAUUUCUGGCAAGACUGAAUUUUAAUGUUCUGGUUUGCAUGAGAAAUUGCUGCACACAGAUUGUUGGCUGAUUGUUGCUGCUUAUGGGAGUUUGCUGGUUUUCUUGCUUUACAGCUACAAUGACACUGAGCUGAUUGUAUACCAUUGGCUAUGAAGCACUUCAGAACACACUGGUUUCCUGAAAGUUGUGACAGGAAAGCACCAGCCUGUUAAUUCAGGCCAAAGGUUCUGCUGAAUGGACGCCUUGCCUACCAUGAACACCGCUGUCACUGACACUUCCAACGUUCAGAUUGAUUGAUUGUUUUGUCAGAGGCUACAAGGGAUAUGGAAGAAUGGAGGAUAAAGAUCAAGUGCAGAUCUGUGACCAAACAGAAUGGACAUCAUCGAGGGUUUGAACAGUCUACUCAUAUUAAUCUUGUUAAUGAGCAGUUCUUGAAUGACUGUAAUGCUGUUUGGUUGCUGGAGGUGAUGCUGCUGAGCUGCUUAUUUGACAAAUGGGGGAAGAACCUAGUACAACAGAUCUUUCUGAACAGGAUAUGAAUCAUUGGUGGUUUAACUAAUUGAGGAAGUGCAGAAGACUUCAGGUGGAUAUUUUUGUUACAGAAAUUGGGUACUUGUGGUGCAGAAACAACGUAUUCUGCAUCAGAUAGACAUCAAUUCACUCAGACUCUUAGACUGGCAGAGCAUUGAAAGAGGCCAUUCAGCCCAUUGUACCUGAGCUUUCUAAUUAAUGUUAGUCACCUUGCUCCUUCCCAACACACUUGGGAGGGAGGUAAAGAAACCUGAGGACCAGGAACUAGGGUCAGACUGCUGUGACUCUAUUUUAGUGCCCAGUGGGUAAUUGAGCUGGAUAGUGCUUGCUUAUUGCUGUUGUUUGCUAAGCAUGCCUGUGAACAAACUCGAGUUGUGAGGAGAGAAUGGAAUUUGAUGGUUGCCCCAUGCAGUUUUGUAGGGUGCCUAGAUGGGAUCUUGGUGUAUGGAGAAGGGAGCGUGCCAACUAUAACCCAGCAGAGGUACAUUGUACUCGGCAGGAGUGAGAAAGGUUGGUGAGGACUAAGGAUCAGGUUGUAGUCUGCCUCGGCUUUGGACUGUUGCCUCAUCGAUCUGUAAAAGCUUACGUUUUCACACAAGCCAUACAUUCUCUAAUCACCCUCCACACUUUCUGUAUCAACCUUCUUCAUCACAGAUUCCUUUAUUCAUAUUAAAAAUGGGAUCUGCAGUGUAAACCUGUGAUCUUAUAACCGCAGCUGAGACCUCAGCCGUGCCCCAGUCAACUUAAUGUACCAGUUUUACUGUAAGCUUUCUAUUUAACAAUGACAUUACGUAAAAUAUUAUAUAAACAUAAAGACACAACCUGCAGCUUUAUAAUGAGGAACAUAUGAAGUCCUUGAGCCGUGGUUCAGUUAUUCUUCUAACACUUCCUCUCCUCUGUAUUUCCCCAUUUUAACCCCCACAUUGUAAACUCCCCAGUAUCGUAUGUUGCAUCUAUUACAGUUUAUUCCUUUGUUGUAAUGGCAUAAGAGUCAGAGGGAAGAUUAUUUUUUUAACAAUGAGUUAUUGAGAUCUGGAAUAGGCCAGAAGCAGAUUGAAUAGUAAUUUUCAAUGUGGAAUUUGAAGGUGAAUGUUUACAAUCUGUGGGGAAGUAGCAAAGGAGAAUGGGGCUAACUGGAUCAUUCUCUGAAAGGGCUGAGACAGAUGUAAUGGGUUGAAUGGCCUGCAUUUGCACUUUUACAUUACUGUGCUUCAUAAUGGUGGUGAGGUUUCCAUUUGAGCCAGAGGAUAGGGGCUACAGGAAAGGAAUCCAGUUAAUUAGACUCUACAGCAGGGGAAAGCUUCGAUUAAAUUGUGAAUUCAUGGGAAUAAAUGGAAGCCAACACUAAAAUCUUUAAUGUGAUUUUCCACAAUCCAUCUGUUCAGUUUAACUGUCUGCAGAUGUCAAUAGCCUUGGCAUGCAGAGGUCAAAGGGUUAGGCAGUCUUGCCAGUGAGCUGGCUUUGACUCCUCACUCUAAUGCCACAUUUUAGAGUGAAAGUGCAAAUUCUAUAAACAUUCUAAUCUAGACAUUAAAAUGUUACAUACCUUAAUGGGUUCAGUUUAUCUCAAAUUGAAUUGCAGCGACAAUACAAUCUGAUCCAUUGCUCAGUAACCAACAGUCAGAGAGAAAUAUGUGGCUGUACAUUUCACCCAUCCCCUGCUGCAAUUUUAAAGGGUUUUUUUUAAAAAAAUCAAUAUUUAACUCCAGGUAAAGUGAUCCAUGAAGAUUGCCAGGCUGUGUCAAAAGGUCAGACAGCAGCAGAUAACACUUCAGACUUGAGAUUUUAACCUUGGUGUCGAGGUGUGUAGAAGCUGGGGUAAAUUGAAAUCUUGAACUGCUGACAACACAAGACAAUCAGCCUAUUGUCUGAUCAAUGCUGCAGUCUGUUCCCUUUUCCUUGACUGUGUUCCACCUCUGGGCUUCUGGAUUAUGUGCUGCGAAUGUUUGAACAGGACAUAUACAGAAAAUUACUCGCACUGACAGGACAGUUGGACAUCACAACUCAAAGCUAAUUAGCGAAAUAUCUGGUAGCAGAGGUUGGGAGAGGUAGGGAUUUUUAUUUUAAGAAAGUAGGUUAAGAUCUGGAAGACACAGGCUAAAAGUCUGCCGCAUGCAACAACAACUUGGAUUUUUGUAGCACCUUUAUUGUACUGCAUCCCUGGCAUCAACUCACAAGUGUGAUUAUUAAGCAGGGUGAAAGCAAGAUUUCAGGACAAGGUGGUCAAAAAAAGCUUAGUCAAAGCAAUCAGCUGUUUUAACAGACUUACCCCAGACUCUUCACUUGCAACUCUGAAGUUCUUUCCUCCAAAGUCAGUCUUAAAGGGAAUCUUAAAAGAGGGAGAGGCUUAGGGAACGAAUUCCAGAGUUUAGAGCCCAGAAGCUGAAGAUAUAGCUGCCCGUGGUGAAGCAGGGACAUCCAAGAGAUAAGGUUUAAUUAUAAUUUUGGGACAGAAGUUGUAUAUAUGCUUAAAAAAAUGGAAGGGCUCUGGGGCUUAGGACUAAUUAGAAAAUUCUCGCAUAAGACCAGUGUGGUGGGCUGGGCCAAAUGGCAUAAUUUGCUGUUUAAUUUUGUAAGGAGGGUCAACUCCUGAUCUGAGCUUUAAUGCAUUGAGGUAGAAAAUUUGUAAGAUUUUAAGACUGAAAGCAAAACUCUAAAUGACAAGAAUAUUAGAACACAAGAAGCAACAGCAGAAGUGGACCAUUCAGCCCCUCGCGUCUGCCCUGCUUACUCAAGAAGAUCAUGGCUGAUCUUCAGCUUCACCUCCAUUUUCCUGCUAACUCUACGUGAUUACCUGAAACAGAAAAAAUUUAUCUCUCUAUGCCUUAAAUUUAACAAUGAUUCAUUGACUACCUUCUUAGGAAGAGAAGUUCAAAGAUUUUGUUUGCCACCGGCAGUGUAAAACCAGAUCACAGAACUAUUACAGUGCAGGAGGCCAUUCAGUUCGUGCUGUCCACAACAGCUCUAUUAUCUCGUGCCAAUCUCCUGCAUUUUCCACGUGUCGUUGCACACCAUUACAAUCCAAAUAAUCAUUCAGUCCCCUCUUGAAGGCCUCAGUUGAACCUGCCUCCUCCACAUUUCCAGGCUGUGCAUUCCAGAUCCUAACCACUUGGUGUGUGAAAAAGAUUUUUCUGUCAUCAUUUUUUUUGCAAAUCACUUUAAAUCUAUACCUUCUCAUUCUUCUUUCUUUUACAAGUAGGAACAGCUUCACACUAUUUACUCUGUCCAGUCCAUUAAUGAUUUUGAAAACCUCUAAUAAAACUCUUCUCAACCUCUUUCCUCCAGGGAGAAACUGCUUCAGUUUCCUCAACUUAAGUUUCUCAUUCCUGGAGCUGUUCUAGCAAAUUGCUUCUACAUGCUGUCUAAUGGGUUCACGCAUUUCCUAUAAUGUAGCACCCACAACUGGACACAGUACUGCAGCUGAGAUCUAACAAGUCUGUUGUACAAGUUCAGCAUCGCUUCCCUACUGUAGUAUUCUGUGAUCCGAUUAAUGAAGCUGGAAAUGCUAUACUUUAUUAACUGCUGUUGGCACCUUCAAUGAUCAGUGCACAUAUCCACCCAGAUUCCUCUGCUGCUGCACUGCCUUUAAAAUUGUAACUGUCCAUGUUUAUAUCGUAUUUCAAUGCCCUUCUGACCAAAGUGCAUCACCUCACGCUUCUCUGUAUUGAACCUCAUCUGUCCUAUAUCUACCCAGUCCACUGACUUGCCAGUGUGCUUUCGGAGUUCCACGCUGACCUGGCAGUUUACAAUUCUUCCAAGUUGAACGUCAUCUGCAUAUUUGAUUUUUAAAAAAAGUGUUAGGGUCAAGAGCAGUCUAUUUCAGUCAUGUUGACAGCAGAGGAAGCCAUUUUUAAGGUCAGAUUGUAGGCUUCCCUAUAAAUCCUGAAUAUCAUAGAGCACAGAACUGUUUGGCUUUUGUGAAAUACUCUAGCUACAUCUGUACCCAUCUAAGGAAUGAUAGAAUACCUACAGUGUGGAAAUAGGCCAUUCAGCCCAGCAGGUCCACACCACCCCUCUGAACAGGAGCAUCCCACCCGAACUCAUCCCCGUGUCUAAUCCACCUAAUCUACACACCCCUAGAAACUACGGGCAAUUUAGCACAGUCAGUCCACCUAACCUGAACAGCUUUUGGACUAUGGGAGGAAAUCAGAGGACCUGUGGAAACUCGUGCAGACAUAGGGAGAACAUGCAAACUUCACACAGAGGAUGGAGUUGAACCCGGGGUCCUGGCGCUCUGGGCAGCAGUGCUAGCUACCAUGUCCUCCUAUUCAUUUGAGGAGCAAGUGUAGAUCAUUCAAUAAGAUUGUGGUCUAUCUGAUGUUAAUCUCAACUCUACAUUCCUGCUUGUCCUGAUAGAUUUUCAUUCUCAUGAUAACCUUGGGUUAUUCAUCCUGGCAUGGCCAGAGGAGAAGCAUCUUCAAGGUAGGCUUUGCUACUGGAUACGCAGAUAAGAAAUUCCAAAAACUGAAGAGCGUGCAUGGAGACACUCACUUGUAGUUCCUGCUUGGCAAAGCUGGACAAGGAGACCGCACUGUCUGUUGGGAGCAGCUAUGGACUGUUUACUAUAAGCAGUAUGAUUCUAUGGAGAGUGUGUAGUGUGAUAAAUAUAAAAGGGAAAUGUGCCUGUCAUGUUUAAAGUAUGAGUUAACAAAAAUAAAACAUCGUUUAGUCAAUGGUGCUUUUGGUAAUUUGUUAGAGUAAGGGUUUUAAUUUUUUGCCACACCUCUUCCUCAGUUGGAAUCUGGAAGGUUAAAUCCCUUUUUAAAACUCUGUAUGGGGAUUGCAACACUAAAGCUGCAGUCCUGUUCAAUCAGAUUUUUCUAAAUGGAGGCUUUGUUUUGUGAAAGACCCACCACAGGCUGCAACAGGAAUAUGACAGGUCCACUCACAUCUCAGUUCUUGCACAGGUUUUAUCUGGAAAACAGGGGAGUUUAUAUCAUUAACCAGUCUGUGGUUUCUAAAUCCUUCAUGCCUAUGUUUCUGUUUUACCCAAAGGAUAAUAUUUUCAUGAUAUGAGCAAUGCUGACACUUUCCCUCACCUUCACAACCUUCUGUUUCUAUUAAACACAAUAAUUCGGUUGCAAAAAGAGCUUCAUAAAAUAUCUUCCUUCCUUCCACAAAAGUGUCGAAUCUUGCUGGCUUUAGCUCUAUGCCUGCUGGUGGCCCCUUGCUUAUCAUUCAAGUGACGACUUCCUGUGUGUGUUUGGAAACUACUCCUUACUGAGGCCCAGACACCACCCCCCCCACAAACUUAAUCCUCCUCCCCGUCAGCAUCCAGUGCCAUCCAUCCCACUGGCACUCACUGGGUGCUGUUUCUGUAACACUGUCUCCUAAAUGAGAGUGAGAUGCUGCCCCUUCCUAAUUCAGGGGGUAAGUGGUGGAUUGGAGCAAUCCCAUCCACUCUUCUGGCUUGUUGCUUCCCAAACAACCUUGAGACAGAUUUAAUUCUUAAGACUGUAACUCGAACUUUGUGUAAGUGCAGCAUCCUAUGGUGGGUCUGUGUGUUUUGCUGGUUAUUGAGGGGGUGUGUCUGUAUAUACAGUUAGUUAUUGAGGGUGUGUAUAUGCACAGACUGCGAUUGAAGUUGCGUGUGUGUGUGCUUGUUUGAUUGGUCACGUACCAAAAUGCAGUGAAAAGCUUUGUUUACGAAUGGUACAUACAGAACAAAAAGAUAAAAAAGACUUAGAUGCGUACAGGUUACAUCGCAGGUUACAUUACUUUAAACUAGAGUCCAUUAAACAGUCUGAUAGAAGAAAGAAAGAAAGAAGCUAUCCCUGAACCUGUUUGUACAUGUGUUCAGGCUUCUGUAUCUCUGCCUGAUGGAAGAGGUUGUAGGGGGUCAUUAUCAGGAUGCGAUGGGUCUUUGAUGAUGUUGGCUGCCUUUCAGUGGCACCAAGCCAUGUAAAUAGAGUUAGAACAUAGAACAAUACAGCGCAGAACAGGUCCUUCGGCCCUCGAUAUUGUGCCGACCUGUGAACUAAUCUAAGCCCAUCCCCCUAUACCAUCCCAUCGUCAUCCAUAUGCUUAUCCAAGGGCUGUUUAAAUGCCCCUAAUGUGGCUGAGUUAACUACAUUGGCAGGCAGGAUGUUCCACACCCUUACCACGCUCUGAGUAAAGAACCUGCCUCUGACAUCUGUCUUAAAUCUUAAGACCCCUUGUACAAGAUGAUGUCAUGAUCCUCGGAAAAAAGACUCUCCCUGUCCACCCUAUCUAAUCCUCUGAUCAUCUUGUAUGUCUCUAUUAAAUCCCCUCUUAGCCUCCUUCUCUCCAAUGAGAACAGACCAAAGUCCCUCAGCCUUUCCUCAUAAGGCCUUCCCUCCAGAACAGGCAACAUCCUGGUAAAUCUCCUCUGCACCCUUUCCAAUGCUUCCGCAUCCUUCCUGUAAUAGGGCGACCAGAACUGUACGCAAUAUUCCAAGUGAGGCCGCGCUAGCGUUUUGUACAGUUGCAGCAUGACAUCGGCUCUGGAAUUCAAUCCCUCGACCAAAAAAACCUAACACACCGUUUGCCUUCUUAACAGCAUUAUCAACCUGGGUGGCAACUUUCAGGAAUCCAUGUACAUGGACACCAAGAUCCCUCUGCACAUCCACAUUACCAAGAAUCUUUCCAUUCCCGGUAUUCUGUCUUCCUAUUAUUCUUCUCAAAGUGAAUCACCUCAUAUUUAUCUGCAUUGAACUCCAUUUGCCACCUUUCAGCCCAAUUCUGCAGUUUAUCUGAGUCUCUGCAACCUGCAACAUUCUUCCGCAUUGUCCACCAGUCCACUGACUAGUGUCAUCUGCAAACUCACUAACCCAUCCACCUAUGCCUGCGUCCAAGUCAUUUAUAAAAAUGACAAACAGCAGUGGUCCUAAAACAGAUCCUUGAGGCACACCACAAGUAACCGGACUCCAGGCUGAAUACUUUCCGUUAACCACCACUCGUUGCCUUCUUACUGAAAGCCAGUUUCUAAUCCAAACUGCGAAAUCUCCUCAAACCCGUUCCUCCGUAUUUUCUCCAAUAGCCUACCAUGUGGAACCUUAUCAAAGGCUUUACUGAAGUCCAUGUACACCACGUCAACUGCCCUACCCUCAUCCACAUGCUUGGUCACCUUCUCAAAAAACUCAAUGAGGUUUGUGAGACACGAUCUGCCCUUGACGAAUCCAUGUUGACUAUCUCUAACCAAAAUGUUCAUGGAUGGAGGGUUGGCAUCUGUCGUGGUCUGGGUGGUGCACACAACCCCCUGUAGUUUCUUACGGUCCUGGGCACAGCAUUUGCCAUACCAGGUUGUUUAUGCACCCGGACAGUGUGCUUUCAGUGGCACAUCAGUAGAAGUUGGUGAGGGACCUUAUGGACAUCCCAAAUUUCCUGAGCCUCCUGAGGGCGAAGAGGCAUUGUUGCGCCUUUUUGACUGUUGCAUCUAAGUGAGAAAUCUAGGACGGAUUGUUGGUUAUCAUCACGCCGAGGAAGGUGAUGCUCUUCACACUCUCAACCUCAAUUCCAUUGAUGUAGAUCGGGGUGUGUUCACCUCCUUUCUUGCUAAAGUUGAUAAUCACCUUAAACCUGUGCCCUAUAGUUUUGCCCACCACUAGCUGCCCUGACCCUUUAGUUUGCCAACAUUGAGAGACAGAUUGUUUUCGUUGCACCAUGUCACCAAGCCCUCUAUCUCCUUUCUGUAUUUUGACUCGUCGUUGUUAGAUAUCUGUCCCAUGGUGGUGUUAUCAGUGACCUUGUAGAUGGCGUUCAUUUGGAAUUUGGUGACACAGUUGUAGGUGUAUAGGGAAUACAGGAGGGACCUAAGGACACAUCCCUGGGGGGCUCCAGUGUUGAGUGUUGUGGUGGAGAAUGUGCAGUUACUUAUCCUCACUGAUUGCGGUCUAUGGGUCAGCAAGCUGAGGAUCCAAUAGCAGAGGGGAGCUGAGACCAAGGUCAUGGUGUUUUGAGAUCAGUCUGGGAUAAUGAUGUUGAAGGCGGAGCUGUAGUCAAUGCACAGGAGUCUGACAUAGGUGUCUUUAUUAGAACAUAGAACAAUACAGCGCAGAACAGACCCUUCGGCCCUCGAUGUUGCGCUGACCUGUGAACUAAUCUAAGCCCCUCCCCCUACACUAUCCCAUCCCAUUUAUUGUCCAGAUGUUUUAGGGAUGAGAGCAGGGCUAGAGAUACGGCAUCCUCUGUGGAUCUGUGUAUAUACAGUAAAUUAUUGAGGGUGAGUAUAUGCAGUCACUUGUUUGAGUGUCUGUAUAUGCAUUUAGAAUAUAUAUGUAUAUAAAGUCAUAGAGCUGUACAGCAUGGGAACUGACCAUUUGGUCCAACUCAUCCAUCCUGACCAGGUAAUCUAAAUUAAUUUAGUCCCAUUUGCCAGCAUUUGGUCCAUAUCCCUCUCAAACACUUCCUAUUUACUUACCCAUCCAGAUGCCUUUUAAACGUUGCAACUGUACUGGCCUCCACCACUUCCUCUAGCAUCUUACUCUCUAUCUCUCUAUCUCACACACACACACAGACACAAGACUUGUGAAAGUCUGGGUUGAAUUUGAAUUUGCAGAUUCAUUCUAUUUUGUUCAAAAGCCACACAAUUUAUAGACAGUCAAGGGGGCAUUUUAUACAUUCAUAUUUAGAAAUAAAACCAGUCUGACUCCAAACUAAAACACAAACAGAUUCUAAACAAGACCUCACACCUAAACAUGCUAUGCCUGGCUUAAAAUGUCACCUCUUCUUUACACUGAUAAAACCUUUAAUUCUCUCAGGACUGCGACUUGAAAGGAAUUUGUGGAUUUAUAUACAUAUUAAUCAAUUAAAACCUUCUAAAGAUUUAACAGCAUCUUAGAUUUGUUCAGUACAUCCUCAUCAGUAGUGUGAACCUUUGAUAUUUUACUUAUAAACUCUGUGUCUGAUACUGCCUCUCUCACUAACACCUGAAGAAGGAGUGAGGCUCUGAAAGCUUGUGUUUUCAAAUAAACCUGUUGGACUAUAGCCUGGUGUCAUGUGAUUUCUGGCUCUGGCAGCACAUUUCAUACACGCAUCAUCCUCUGCAUGAAAAUGUUGCUCCAUAGGUCCCUUUUAGAUCUUUCCCCUCUCACCUUAAACCUGUGCCCUAUAGUUUUGCCCACCACUAGCUGCCCUGAGGAAAAGGCUUUUCACCCUAUCCAUGCCCCUCAUGAUUUUAUAAACCUCUGUAAGGUCACCCCUCAGCCUCCGACACUCAGGGAAAACAGGCCCAGCCUAUUCAGCGUCUCCCUGUAGCUCAAACCCUCCAACCCUGGCAACAUCCUCGCAAAUCAUUUCUGAACCCUUUCGAGUUUCACAAUGUUCUUCCUAUAGCACGGAUACUAUAAUUGAUCACAGUAUUCCAAAAGUGGCCAAACCAAUAUCCUGUGCAGUAUAUGUAUAGUCAGAUAUCAAAACUGUGUCUAUGCAGUCAGUGCUCGGGGUGUGUGUACUGUUAGUCUUGAGGGUGCUUCAAGAGUUAGUCAUCAAGAGUGUGUGUAUAUAGUCAGUUAUCAAGGGUAUGUCUGUGUGUAUGUUUUUAUAUAUAAAUACAUCAAUAUAUAGCACAUGCACACACACACAUGUGUGUAUAUAGUCAGUCAUUGAGACUACAUGUACGUUUACAGUCAGUUAUUGAUGGUGUCUUUGUGUAUGCAGCCAGUUAUUGAAGCUGUGUGUGUGUGUGUACAAUCAGUUAUCAAGGCUUCACCGUGCAUUGUGACGAUGCCGUGGCUUUAUGAAUUUAUUUUGUCCUUUUUUUUAAAAGAGAGGUUUUAAGACAGAAAUACUGAGCAGUCUCGUUGGAAAGCCAGUAAACAGCUUGUGACGCCUUGGGAUUUUUUAAAAAAUGGAAAAAUAGAUACAACUUGGAUGGAUGUGGCCAGAUCUCUCAGACCAGAAUUUCUUGGGGUUUUCUUUAGCUUUUAAAUUAAGCAGAAGCUGCUGGAGUUUUAAAGAAGUAGAAGCUAAUUUUCCCCUCCCUUGGUUGCAGGUUGGGGUUUCUCUUCCUACUGUGGGUGUUGCAUGUGAGAAGAUUGGAUUUCUGAAUUUGUCGUUUUGCUCAAGGGGUGUGUUUAUGGGAAGUUACUGUUUUGGAACAGUUAAUUAGUAAUAGUUUUUUUCUGUUCAUGUGUGGGACGUGGGUGUCACUGGCUGGCCCAUCCCUUGAGAAGGUGGUAGUGAGCUGCCUUCUUGAACUGCUGCAUUUCUUCUGCUGUGGGUUGACCCACAAUGCUAUUUGGGAAGGAACCCCAGAGUUUUGACCCAGUGACAGUGAAGGAACGGCGAUAUGUUUCCAAGUCAGGGUGGUGGGUGACUUGGAGGGGAACUUGGAGAUGGUGGUGUUCCCAUGUAUCUGCUGCCCUUGUCCUUCUAGAUGGAAGUGGUUGUGGGUUUGGAAGGUGCUGUUUGAGAAUCUUUGAUGAAUUUCUGCAGCACAUCGUGUAGAUAGUAUACGCUGCUGCUACCGAGCGUCGGUGGUGGAGGGAUUGAAUGUGGAUGUAGUGCUAAUCACGCAGGCUGCUUUGUCCUGGAUGGUACAAGCAUCUUGAGUGUUGUUGGAGCUGCAUUCAUCCAGGCAAGUGUUCCAUCACACUCCUGACCUGUGCCUUCUACAUGGUGGACAGGAUGUGAGGAGGCAGGAGGUGAGUUACUUGCUGCAGUAUUCCUAGCUUCUGAUCUGCUCUUGUAGCUACUGUGUUAAUGUGGUGAGCCCAGUUGAGUUUCUGGUCAAUGAUAACACCCAGGAUGUUGAUAGUGUGAGAUUCAGUGAUGGUAACAGCAUUGAAUGUCAAGAGAUGGUGGUUAAAUUGUCUCUUAUUGGUGAUGGUCAUAGCCUGGCAUUUGUGUGGCGCAACGGUCACUUGCCACUCAUCUACACUAUCACUAUCUACACGAUGUGCUGCAGAAAUUCAUCAAGCCUGGAUAUUGUCCAGAUCUUGUUGCAUUUAAAAAUGGACUGUAUCUGAGGAGUCACAAAUGGUGCUGAACAUUGUGCAAUCAUCGGCGAACAUCCCCACUUCUGACCUUAUGACGGAGGGAAGGUCAUUGAUGAAGCGCUGAAGAUGGCUGGGCCGAAGACACUACCCUGAGGAACUCCUGCAGAAAUGUUCUGGAGCUGAGAUGAUUGACCACCAACAACCACGACCAUCUUCCUUUGUGCCAGGUAUGACUCUAACCGCUGGAGAGUUUUCCCCUGACAUUCAUUGAUUCUAGUUUUGCUAGGGCUCCUUGAUGCUACACUCUGUCAAAUGCAGCUUUGAUAUCAAGGGCUUUCACUCUUACAUCAACCUCUGGAAUUCAGCUCUUUUGUCCAUGUUUGAACCAAGGCUGUAAUGAGGUCAGGAGCCAAGUGACCCUGGUGGAACUCAAACUGGGCAUCACUGAAUAGGCCAUUGCUGAGCAGGUGCUGCUUGAUAGCACCGUUGAUGACACCUUCCAUCAAUUUACUGAUGACCGAGAGGAGACUGAUGGGGCGGUGCAUGGCUGGGUUGGAUUUGUCCUGCUUUUUGUGUACUGGACAUACUUGGGCAAUUUUCUACAUUGUUGGGUAGGUGCCAGUGUUGUAACUGCACUGGAACAGCUUAGCUAGGGGAGCGGCAAGUUUUGGAGCACAAGUCUUCAGUACUAUUGCUGGAAUGUUGUGAGAGCUGUAGCCUUUGCAGUAUCCAGUGUCUCCAACUGUUUCUUGAAAUCAUGUGGAGUGAAUCGAAUUGGCUGAAGACUUGUAUCUGAAAUGCUGGGGACCACUGGAGGAGGCUGAGCUGGACCAUCCACUCGGCACUUCUGGCUGACGAUUGCUGUGAAUGCUUUAGCUUGUCUUUUGCACUGAUGUGCUGGACUCUUCCAUCAUUGAGGAUGGGGAUAUUUGUGGAGCCUCCUCCUCCAGUGAAUUGUUUAAUUGUCCACCACCAUUCACAAGUAAAUGUGGCAGGGCUGCAGAGCUUAGAUCUGAUAUGUUGGUUAUUAGAUCGCUUAGCUCCGUCUGACAUUUGCUGCUUUCGCUGUUUCAUGUGCAAGUAGUUCUGUUUGGUGGCUUCACCAGGUUGAUACCUCACCUUCAGGUAUGCUUGGUGCUGCUCCUGGCAUAGCCUCCUGCACUCUCCAUUGAACCAGGGUUGAUCCCCUGGCUUGAUGGUAAUGGUUGAGUUGGGGAUGUGUCAGGCCAUGAGGUUACACAUUGUGCUGGAGAACAAUUCUGCUGCUGAUGGCCCACAGCGCCUCAUGGAUGCCCAGCCUUGAGUUGCUAGAUCUGUACAAAGUCUGUUCCAUUUAGCACAGUGAUAGUGCCACAUAACACAAUGGAGGGUAUCCUCAAUGUGAAGGCAGGACUUGAUCUCCACAAAGACUAUGCGAUGGUCACUCAUCGAUAUUGUCAUGGACCUGCACCUGGCAGAUAAUUAAGGACGAGGUCAAGUAUACUUUUCCUUCUUGUUGGUUCUGUCACCACCUGCCGCAGACCCAGUCUCGCAGCUAUGUCCUUUAGGACCUGACCAGCUCAAUCAGUAUUACUGAUGCUGAGCCACUGUUGGUGGUGGACAUUGAAAUCCCCCACCCAGAGUACAUUUUGUGCCCUUGCCAUCCUCAGUGUUUCCACUGUUGCUCAGCAUGGAGGAGCACUGAUUCAUCAGCUGAGGGAGGACAGUAUGUGUCAAUAAGUAGGAGGUUUCCUUGCCCAUAUUUAACCUGAAACUAUGAAACCACUAGGCCUCCGCCUACCCAUUAUUACUCUAUCUACUAUUUGGUUAAGUUUUCCACUAGAGUAUAAGUUAUUCUAAGUUCUUAGUAAGUGUUGAAUAAAUGGUGCUUUGCUUAACAUUGGGUAAUUUGACCAGUUGAAUUGCAUCUGGAACACGGCAUGUUACAUUUGCCUUUAAAAUAACAAAAAGUUAGGGUCUAGGCUACCUUAAAAUAUUUUGAGGGGGUUUGGUCUGGUCCAAUUUAGCAUGUACAGUCACGUGUGUGUGUUCAUUUACUGUCAGUCAGUGACUGUAUACAGUCGGUAUUUGAAGCCACAGUAUAUUUGCUGAAGAUUACUAUGUCAGAUGGUAUCAGCUUCCUGUUGCAAUGAGUUCAGUGCUGCUUGUGCAGGCAGUACUUUGUCUCUUACACUCAGAUGAAUAUUACACUCAGUGUCAUGGAGAGAGGCUGUUGCAUUUCUUUUUUCUGUGGAUCAUUUCUUCAUCUGUGCUCUAUGCCUUAUGGCUCAACAAGUUAGUAAGAACAGCUACAUAGAAAAAAAAGAGUAGGAGUAGGCUGUUUGCCUCGUCGAGCCUGCUCCACCAUUCAAUAUAGUCCUGGCUGAUCAUCCAACUCAGUGCCCUGUUCCUGCUCUCCCCCUGCACUCUAUGAUCCCUUUAUCCCUUCUCCAGUAGAAACAGAAAAUAGGAGCAGGAGGAAGCUAAUUGGUACAAAUUAUUGCACUGCUGGUUCAGUUGGACAGGGAGCAAAAUGUUUCUUACACCUCACUCUGGGCCAGAGUGAUAGUGACUAAGCAGGGUGCCCACUCUGAUGAGUUCUGGUGAGUCCCACUCAGAAAGCUUGGUAAACCGGUGAGUUCUGUGAUGCCCUGUGCAGUUGAACAGCAUCUGCAGUGGCCUUUGCUGUCCAGUUGAGGGACUGGCACUGCAAUCCAGUAAAAGAAAGGUGACACAGUGGCUCAGUGGUUAGCACUGCUGCCUCACAGCACCAGGGACCCAGGUUUGAUUCCACCCUUAAGUGACUGUUUGGAGUUUGCACAUUCUCCCUGUGUCUGUCUGGGUUUCCUCUGGGUGCUCUGAUUUCCUCCCACCGUCCAAAGAUGUGCAGGAUAGGUCAAUUGGUUGUACUAAAUUGCCCGUGGUGUCCAGGGAUGUUUAGGUUAGGUGGGUUAUACAUGGGGAAAAGCAGGGGAAUGGGUCUGGGUGGGAUGGUCUUCAGGUGGGGGGUGUGGACUUGUUGGGCCGAAAGUCCUGUUCCCACACUGUGGGGACAACUUCAAAUACCUGGGGAAUUGCGACAGCUCACACGACUCCAUUGAAAUUCCAAGAUAGUUAGCCAGAAGCUGCAAAUCUCUCUCCUCCUGUUCUGUCUUGUCCAGAAAUACAUGUCAUUAAUUCCAGCUGCCACGCUGGGGUUGGUGUUUGGGCUUGUUUCUUUCCAGCCUUUGCCACACCUUCCCUCAUUGAUUGCCGGCUGUCCUUCGCUGGGAGACAGUAAAAAUGAGCUUAGAACAGGAGCGCUGAAAGGCAACCCCUCCUACAGUCCCAAUCCAAUUUCAAUGCCCCCCUCACUGCUAUCCAGCAGAACAGUUAAUGUAGCAGAACCCAUGGCUCAGCAAUCAUGUGGUGCUAAAUGCCAGCCCUAUAAGUGCCUGCAUCAUCAGUUCUGAUCCCUGUUGUGGGAACGUGAAACUGAAUUUAAUAAACCUGGGUUGGCACUGAUUAUGUAUGCGCAUACACGAAAGCUGUGUAUUGUUAUAGAAACACAACUAGGUCACUCUGUCCUUCAGGGAGAGUGACCUACCCAUAGUGGCUUCGAUAUGACUCAUCUCCCCCACGGUCUGGUUCAUCUUUCUUGCCCUGGUAUAACUAGGGUGGAGCUGUAAACCAGCCUUGCCAGUUUUGCCAACUCCCUAAGAACAACUUUAAAAAUAAAAUGAAGAUUAAAAAUAAAUGGGAUCUCAGUGAAUACAGGGAGAAAGCUACCUCAGUGCUACCUCGAACUGCCAGCCUGUCACUGCUUUAAUGCCCCGUAAAUCAUUUCACAAGGUUACACCUCUGUCUAAGGUCAGUCCCGAAGACAAUGCAUUCCUUCCUCCUGCCGGAGAUUUAAAUGUGGACUUUAUUGAGAAUGGAAGCUGUGGAUUGAUCUCACUCCCUGCAAUGACAGAGCUUGGGGCUACAAGUCUCACUCAGUUUCAGCCUGUUGCUGAAGGAGAGAUCUGGUUUGGACAUCUAACCCUGCAGACAGCUUCCUCAGUUCUGGCCCCUGGGCAUGCUGACCCUGACUGCCCCAUUUUCCAAUGGCUGACUUGUUCUGAGCACACUGUUCUUGCAGGCAUUGAUGGAAUUUCAGAAUUGCCAGGGUAACAGACAGACAAAUCAUUGCUACUGCCUAUCUACCGAUUUCAUCUGGGAUGUAUGGAGCUCAAGUAAAGACUGGACGAGCUUAAAUGUAAUGCCUCUGCAGUCAAAUAGCCAACUAGUAAUCAUCUCAAAGUUUACAACAUGGUAUUACCAACUAGCUGAAGCCUUGAGGAGAUAGUUCUUUUUAUUCAUUCAUGGAAUGAGGGCAUCGCUGGCAAGGCAACAUUUAUUGCCCAUCCCUAAUUGCCUAGAGGGCAGUUAAGAGUCAACUGCAUUGCUGUGGUCUGGAGUCACAUGUAGGACAGAUGAGGUAAGGAUGGCAGUUUCCUUCCCUGAAGGACAUUGGUGAACCAGACGGGUUUUUCUUGACAAUCGGCAACAGAUUCAUAGUCAUCAUUAGAUUCUUAAUUCCAGAUAUUUAUUGAAUUCAAAUUCCACCAUCUGCAGUGGCAGGUUUCAAACCUGGGUUCCCAGAAUGUAGUCUGGGUCCCUGGAUAAACAGCCUCGCAAUACCACAAGGCCAUUGCCUCCCCUAUCAACUGCACAGCAGCAGUGGAACUGAACCCCAAAGUAUAAGCUGCUGGAUCUGAAUUCUGGUGGGAGUUUGGUGCUUGGGGUAUCACUCCCCCACCGAGUCAGUGCCUGGGCAAUUUCCCCCAAUCAGACUUGGUGCCUGGGGAACCAUACCCCAGUGAGAGUUGGUUGCAGGGGAAUGAUUUCCCUGGUGAGAGUCGGUUGCUGGGGAGCCGCUCCCCAUUUAAGAGUUGGUCCCUGGGGAAUGGUGCCCUGAUGAAUGUUGGUUCAUGGGGAACCAUAACGUAGUGAGAAUAAACUUCCAGGGGGAGAACCCCCAUGACAGUAACUUACCUGAGAACCUGCACCCCUAAAACAUUCGCCAUUUGUAUUAGUUAUCUGUUAUGGGCAAACCCAGAGGCAAAGUAAGCUGUAAUAUUAAAACAGGCAAGCUGCAACGGGAUAUAGACAGCCAAAAUGAAUUGUUGCUGAGCUUGCAGAUGGAGUGUAUUGUGGGAUAAUGUCAGGAUAUUCACUUUGGCAGGAAUAAGAGAAAAACAGAAUAUAUUUUAAACCAUGAAUAACUUUUAUAAAGUCUGUGUUCGGAGAAAUGUGUGUACCUUUGUAGAUGAAAAACAGAAAGUUAACAUGGAGGUAGAUCAAGUAAUUAACAAGAAAAGGGCAUGCUGGUCUUUAUUCCAAGACUCUAUGACUCUAACUGAACUGCAAGUGAGAGUCUUUUUACAAAUGUAGAGGUCUUUCAUGAAACAACAGCCUGAGUACUGAGCGCAAUUCCAGGGAAUUCUAAGGAAGGAUGUAUUUGCCUCAGAGGGGGUGCAGUGGGAUAUUUGAGAGAUUGGUACGUGCGAUCUCAGAGAGCCUUGCUGUGAUGAGGCUAAUUAAAUGGUGGCACGGUGGCUCAGUGGUUAGCACUGCAGCCUCACAGCACCAGGGACCCAGGUUCGAUUCCAGCCUCGGGCGAAUGUCUGUGUGGAGUUUGCACAUUCUCCCCGUGUCUGCGUGAGUUUCCUCCCACAGUCCAAAAAUGUGCAGGCUAGGUGGAUCGGCCAUGCUAAAUUGCCCGUAGUGUUCAGGGAUG